GCUUAGCGCCCCCUAAUCCUUGCAUCGUAUAUUAAAAUAUUUUUGCUGUGCGGGUUGCUGGGUGUAAUUUUAUAUUCUGCUGUUUUGCAAGUUAAACAAGGUGAAAGACAAAACAUAGAAAAAUGGCUACUGAUUUUUCAGCAACCCACACAAGUACAACCGUAACCUCAAGCACAACUAAGGUGUCUCCAAUUAUACGAUUUGACAAAAGCUACAUUCGUACAGUUCCAGGAAUACUGAAAGUUGUCCAAGUGGUUAUAAACUUGAUUGGAUUUAUAUGUGCUCAAGUGGCUUUGUGUAGCUUGUGUUCUGAGAGCAACUGGUUCAGUUUUGUUUCAAUGACGGCAUUUUGGGUGACUUUAAUACUGUUGAUCUUCUAUCUUUUUCACGUCAUUGAAAAAACUCACAUUAUUCCAUGGCUGUUAGUGGAACUGGUGUAUUGUGGAGUCUGGACCAUUUUCUACCUCAUUGCUGCUCUGGUUGUGUCAGUAAAUGGGAGAUAUGAUAAUGCUUGGGCUGCAGCUGGGUUCUUUGGAUUUGUUGCAAUGUUGUUGUAUGGAACAGACACUUUUUUGAAGUACAAAGCCUGGAGAACUGGAGAGAUAGCUCAAGGGGAGAGAACCGUGACUGUGACCACCUCUCAGACCACCUCUCCAACUAGUCCCACCUACCCAGCUUACUGAACGACUUACCCGAAGAAGCUGCAAUGAGUUCACCUGGAGAUUAACAGGAGACAAAACCUUUUAUUUUAUGUUACUCUUUAAUUUUUGCUUGUGAAGUGGAUUCUUCUACGAAUUUCUUCAGAGGUCCAGAUCUGAUUUAUUAACUAACCUGCAAUAGAAGAGGGGAACAUGCAGCAUCACGUUGGUAUGUGUUUGCACAUCUGAGUGUGCCAUAGUCACCGAGUUCUUUUUUUUUUUCAUCAAAAUUUGUGUUUAAUUAUGUUUUAAGAUUAGUAAAUGCAUAAUUGUAAGUUUUAAGGAAGAGUAGAAAAAUCCUCUUCCUAAAAAUUAGGAAGAUUUUCCUUUAUUUACGCAUCAUUAAGUCUAGAUACAGUUUGAAAAAUAUGUUUAGGUUCAUAUUGUUAUAGUUUGUCCUCUUUGUCGAAACUAGGAAGCAGAUUUCACUUUAUUUAUGUACCAUUAAGUCUAGAUACAGUUUGAAAAAAAUAUGUUUAGGUUAGCCCACUUGAAGGGAGGUGUAUAAUGUUGGUUGAAUUCACUUUUUUCAGAUUUAGGGUAUUGCUUUUGAUACCUUGUUACAUCUACAAUAUUUUGAGUGUUUAGGCUUUAAAGUUGCCACAGGUAUCUCAAUUAUUGUUUGGACAUGGUAAUCAUGUAUAUUUCAAUUUUGUCUUUAUUUAAUAAUCAGAUUAACAUAUCUUAAGCAUAUUCAGUCUCUAAAAACAUGGGUAUUCAACUUGGCUGCUGAAUAUUAAACUAAAAUAUGUAUUAUAACCACAUUUCUGAUAGAUUUUAUUUAUCACCGAGUAAUGCUGAUGUAUUAUUAAUAAACCAUGUGCUCUGAUCAUAAUAGAAAAAUAAUGUUCGAGAAAGAUGUUAUUCUGAUAUUUGUAUAUUUUGUUUAUGUUGGAAAAAAAAGAUUUCCUCACUUUUAAAUGAUGGUGAAACAGUAGAAUUUCUCUCAGGUGUUUUGUUUUUAAUUAAAACUACAGACUUUGUUUUAAAUGUCUUCAAGUGUUACGUGUAAUAAUAAUAGUAGUAGAUAUAUAUAUAUAUAUAUAUCUUUCUGUAUGUGUAAAUUAAAAACUUGGAACAUUAAAGAUUGCAAUUUUACAAAAUUUUUGUGUUGAAUAAAAAGGAAUGUUUUAAAGAGUUAAAGAGAAUUUUCAUAAAUGUGUUUUUUGCCGCUCACUCUUAAGAAGCAUAUGUUUGCAUUAAGCUGAAACUUAGGGUACCAGUUAAAAUGUUGUUUUGUUUAGAAUUUAUGAAAUGUUAGAAAUUUGUCUAAUCUUCUGUUGAUGCUUUAUAAUGCAGUUUUGUAUGAGGCAUAGAAAAAGGCCUUAGAAUUUGUUGGAUACUUUAAUAAUUAACAUCCAGCUACUUCUUGGCAGUUGAAUAAUUUUAAAGUUAUUGGAACUGGUGGCUAGUUUUUUAUAUAGAAAAUGAUAUAUCAACCACAGAGCUUUUCAUUCUGUUUGAUAUUUAUGUGCAUGAUAUAUCUCGUGUUUUACUUUAUUGAUGUGGUUUUUUCCUCUAUUAAAUUACCAAGAAUUACCUAAAUUGUGAGUGGUAUAUUUGAAUUUAUAAGGUGAGGUCAAAUGUAUUAAAACAACCAGAAUUCUGUGGAUGUGUAACAGAGCUGUGGUUUUUCUUUUUUUUUGUCAGAAAAAUUUAUUAUACAGAUAUAGUUAAGCUUGAAAAAUUGGGUGUUCUUCUAAUAGACAUGAAUAAAUAAAUGUAUUAAACUAAA